CAGUUUAACAAAAUCUAGGCAACCCAAAAAAAGAGUUGUGUGAAAAAAACGUGUAUAAAUUUUAGUCAAGUACACGUACACAACAUGUCGAACAAUAAUGGCGUUGUGCCGGCAGCCGAAGCAGCGCCCCUGGUUGCAGGCGAGGGUCAACAGCAGCAACAACAACAGCAGCCAACGCGCAUGGAAUCGUUUUUUGCGAUGACAAAAUCGCUGAUUUUGCGUGCGCUGAUCAUUUACUUUGUCAGCUCAUUCUUCCGCAAGCCGCAACCCAACACUGGACAGGAGAAAUCCGUUGCCAAUGCAGGCCCGAAAAUUACAGCCUGGAAUUAUUUUGAAAAUGGUACCGAUUUCGAUUUACAUGUUUGGCUUUCGGAUCAGCCCGACUUGGUCAACUUCCAGCAGAAGGCGAAUCUGCUCUGGCUGCAGGAGGAUCUCACUUACGGGGAUUGGAGUGGAGGACCCACUGGCGAUGGCAUUUACACACACAAUUUAAAGAUCAAAGCUACUCCUCAUUUGAUGAGCAAUGGCAGCGUUUAUCUCCAUGCAUUUGUGACGCGGGCUGGCGAGAGUCCCGAUCCUCGUUCCCCGAAAUACUCUAAAAAUGGCCAUAUGGGUCAUCAGCAGCAUCAGCUCAAUAAGUAUAAAAAGCUGCGUGUAAAUCGCAAUUAUAAUUUAUUAUCCAGCGAGCGGGAGAAACUGGAGCACGAGUUGAAACAUGCCAAUCUCAAGGAUCAAAUCGUUUCUCAUUGGCAUCCGAAUCUAACGGUUAAUCUCGUCGUGGACCAGACGAAUUGGGCCCAGGGCAGCGUUCCGGCUCCCCUCGAUGAGUAUGUGAAAUUUGUAGAUAACGGUAAAACCUAUUUACCCAUAGUGUUCGUCAACGACUAUUGGAAUUUACAGCGCGAAUAUUUCCCGAUAAAUGAAUCGACACCCGAGCUGGAACUGCACUUGACUUUCCAGCCGCUGGGCAUGUUCAAGUGGCAGUUGUACGCCGCCAAGCAGAUGAAGAGCAAAUGGGCCGGAAAUAUGCUGGGCGAGAUUAUGGCAGCGGGUGCCGCCGAAGAAACCGAUGAGGAUCAGGAUUCCUUAAAGGAAACAUUGUUGGACACGAAUAUCUAUUUAUUGGGUGUUACAGUCGCCGUUUCCAUUCUCCAUUCAGUGUUUGAGUUGCUCGCUUUUAAGAAUGACAUCCAGUUCUGGAAUAAUCGUCAGUCGCUGGAAGGUCUCUCCGUGCGCUCGGUAUUCUUUGCCGUUUUCCAGUCACUCAUCAUACUGCUUUAUGUGUUGGACAACGAAACGAAUUUCAUGAUACGAAUUUCCUGCUUUGUUGGCCUGGGCAUUGAGGUGUGGAAAAUCCACAAAGUUGUGGAUGUGAAUUAUAAUAAUCAGCGCAAAUUGUUGGGCGUUUUUCCACGCAUCACUUUUAAGGAUAAGGGUUCGUAUUCGGAGAGUUCGACGAAGGAAUACGAUCGAUUGGCCUUUAAAUAUCUUGGCUGGGCAUGCUUUCCCCUCUUGAUUGGUUAUUUUGUCUACUCGCUGAUCUACAAUGAGCACAAAGGCUGGUAUUCCUUUGUUCUGAAUAUGUUGUACAGUUAUUUGCUCACUUUCGGGUUUAUACUGAUGACUCCCCAAUUGUUUAUCAAUUAUAAACUGAAGUCUGUGGCCCAUUUGCCUUGGCGCAUGAUGACCUAUAAAUUCCUAAACACCUUCAUCGAUGACAUCUUUGCGUUUGUCAUCAAAAUGCCGACAAUGUAUCGGAUUGGCUGCUUCCGGGAUGAUAUAAUAUUCUUUGUGUUCCUCUAUCAGCGCUGGCAAUAUCGUGUCGAUCUCAAGCGUGUCAACGAGUUUGGUUUCUCCGGCGAAAUGGAAGUGCAGGCAGCAGCCAGUAAAGUGAGACUCGAGGGGGAUUUGGAUGCUGCACUGCAUCCAACUGGCGCCAUCCAAGCAGCGCCAAGUGCUGAAGCUUCUCCCACACUGAGCAAAUCCAAAUCACCUUCGACUCCCUCGAAAAAGACAGCCGCACAAAAGAAACAGGAUUAGUUAAAACACAAAACAGAAAAGGAAAAUACAUAAAAUAUACAUAAUGCAUUAGAACAAAUUAAAUUCGACAUUGUUAAGUAAAAAAUAAUAAUUAUUUCUGUGUGUAUGUAAUAUUAAUGUAUGUAUUUUUUAGUAACAUAUGCAUAAAAACUAAUUCAGUAUAUAUACAUAUAUAUAUAGUCAAGAGCAACUCGAUAUUGAAACAUAUUCUAGCUGUAAAUUUUGUUUGUUUCUUAUCUUUUUUUGUUGGUCCAAAUGGCGGUCAAUUUGCUUUGACUGCUCAAAUAAAUUCACUGCGAGAAUCA